AUGUUGUGUCUUUGCGGACAUGUUAUCGCUCACCCUUGCAGCUACCUCUCGCACAACAUGCUCUCAGACACCAUUCCCUCGCAAAUGGGCAGCUUGCCGUUCCUUCACUACCUGUCAAUGGCCAACAAUGAGCUCGAGGGGCCCAUCCCUGCCUUCCCCGGUUCUUUCUAUAGACUCACCCACAUUGAGCUAUCCAACAACAAGCUGACAGGAGUCAUACCCACUUCUAUAGGCGUCUUGACGAACCUCAAUGCCCUGUGA